AUGUCUUUAUUUUUAUUUUCUCCUCUUUCUUUCUUUCCUUCUUUCUUUCUUUUUUCUCCAUUUUCUGUAUCUUUAUUGUUGUUUUCUUCUGCCUCUUUCGUUCUUUCUUUCUUCAUUUUCCGUAUCUUUAUGUUUUCUUUCUUUCUCCUUUCUUUCGUCCUUUCUUCAUUUUCCGUAUCUUUAUGUUUUCUUUCUUUCUUUCUCCUUUCUUUCUUUCGUCCUUUCUUCAUUUUCCGUAUCUUUAUGUUUUCUUUCUUUCUUUCUCCUUUCUUUCGUCCUUUCUUCAUUUUCCGUAUCUUUAUUGUUGUUUUCGUUCUCUCUUUCAUGCUUUCUUUCUUCAUUUUCCGUACCUUUACGUUUUUCCUUUCUUUCUUUCUUUCAUUCUUUCUUUCUUUCUUUCUUUAUUUAUUUAUUUUCCGCAUCUCUGUUGUUGUUUUCGUUCUUUUACAUCCUUUCCUUCAUUUUCCGUACCUUUACGUUUUUCCUUUCUUUCUUCCUUUCUUUCUUUCUUUCUUUCUUUCUUUCUUUCUUUCUUUCACCCUUUUCUUUCUUUAUUUUCUGUAUCUUUAUUGUUGUUUUCGUUCUCUCUUUCAUCCUUUCUUUCUUCAUUUUUCCGUAUCUUUACGUUUUUUCUUUCUUUCUUUUUUCCUUCCUUUCUUUCCUUCACCCUUUCUUUCUUCAUUUUCCGCAUCUUUAUUGUUGUUUUCGUUCUUUUUACAUCCUUUCUUUCUUCAUUUUCCGUACCUUUACGUUUUUCCUUUCUUCCUUUCUUUCUUUCACACUUUUCUUUCUUCAUUUUCCGCCUCUUUAUUGUUGUUUUCGUUCUCUUUUUCAUCCUUUCUUUCUUCAUGUUUCCGUAUCUUUACAUUUUUCCUUUCUUUCUUUUUUCCUUCCUUUCUUUCCUUCACCCUUUCUUUCUUCAUUUUCCGCAUCUUUAUUGUUGUUUUUUUCUCUCUUUCAUCCUUUCUUUCUUCAUUUUCCGUAUCUUUACGUUUUUCCUUUCUUUCUUUCUUUCUUUCUUUCUUUCUUUCUUUCACACUUUCUUUCUUUAAUUUUUAUUUAUUUUGUGUAUCUUUAUUGUUGUUUUCGUUCUCUCUUUCAUCCUUUCUUUCUUCAUUUUUCCGUAUUAUUACGUUUUUCCUUUCUUUCUUUCUUUCUUUCUUUCUUUCUUUCUUUCUUUCUUUCUUUCACACUUUCUUUCAUUCUUUCUUUCUUUCUUUCUUCCAUUUUUUUCACCCUUUCUUUCUUCAUUUUCCGCAUCUUUAUUGUUGUUUUCGUUCUUUCUUUCAUCCUUUCUUUCUUCAUUUUUCGUAUCUUUACGCUUUUCCUUUCUUUCUUUCUUUCACCCUUUCUUUCUUUCUUUCUUUCCUGUAUCUUUAUUGCUGUUUUCUUUUGUUGUCCUUUCGUCCUUUCUUCAUUUUUCAUAUCUUUAUUGUUCUUUCUUUCGUCCUUUCUUUCUUGCUUUGUUUCUUGUUUCUUUAUUCUUCAUUUUUCAUUAUUUUCUUUUCACUUUUCUUAUUCUUUAUUUAUUUCUUCUUCCCCUUUCCUAUAUUCUUAUUCUUUCUUUUUUCUUUCUUUCUUAAAAUUUUCUUAACCACUAAAAAAAAAAAACUAUCUCUUUGGCUUCCUUUCCCUCCUCCUUCCCUCCACCAUCUUCUCGCAUACAUCGUCCUCCUCCAUUGCUUUUUACUCUUCCUUCUUCCCCCUGGGAGAAACACGUCCCUACGUCACACUGCUCACAUUUUCUCUCUCUCUCUCUCUCUUACUAAUAUUCUGAUUCUAUCUACCGUUGAAGAUUUUCUUCUUUUUGUUUUUCUUUCUUUUGAUGUCGCCAGUGAAUUUUAUUUCUUUCGUUCUUUAUUCUUUCUGUGUUCCUUAUUUCAUUCUUUUUCCUUUUUCUUUUCUUUGUCUUUCGUUUUUUUUCUUCUUUCUUUGUCAUUCAGUUUUUUUUUUGUUUUUUUUGUGUAUCUCACAUUUCUUGCUUUCUUUGCUUGUUUUUUUUUUUUUUUUUCUCUCGUUCUGUCGUCCUCGGGAUUUUUCUUUGUUCUUUCUUUAUUCUUUCUUUCUUUCUUUUUUUUGACUUUCUUUUCUGAUAUUUCUUUAUCGUUCUUUUUUUUCUUUCUUUGUCUUUCAUUUCUUUCUUUGUCUUUCGUUUCUUUCGUUCUGCUUGUUCCUUUUUUCUUUCUUUGUCUUUCGUUUUUUUCUUCUUUCUUUGUCAUUUUUUUUUUUUUUUUUUUGUUUAUCUCACAUUUCUUGCUUUCUUUGCUUUUUUUUUUCUCGUUCUGUCGUCCUCGGGAUUUUUCUUUUCUUUCUUUCUUUGUCUUUCAUUUAUUUCUGUGUCAUUCUUUAAACUCUUUGUCUUUCGUUUCAUUCUUUCUUUGUCAUCCAUUUCUUUCAUUCUUUGUCUUUCGUUUCUUUCAUUCUUUCUUCGUCUAUAAUUUCUUUUUUCUUUGUCUUUCUUUCCCCUUUCUUUCUUUUAGUUUCUUUCUUUCUUUCUUUCUUCUUCAUUUAUCUUUGUUUCUGUCUAUUUUUUCUUUGUUUUCAGUCAUUUUCUUUCUGCCUUUUCUCAUUUUCUUCCUUUUUUUUCUCUCUUAUUUACGCAUUUCUUUUUCUUUCCUCAUUGAUCUUUCUUCUCUUUAUUUAUUUCUGCCUUUCUUGUUAUCUUUCUUUGUUUUUUCUUUCUCGACUUUAUUCUUCACUUUUUCAUACAUCCUUCUCCUUCUUACUUUCCUUUGUCUCGGGGUCAUCUCUCAUCACCUUUUCCUGACACCCACCUCCUCAUUAGUUCCUCGGCACCAACAACACUUCAGCACUUCCAUGUCAAGCAUAUCUCAAAGCCUUCUGAGGAAUAGAAGUGACUUAAGAGAGCGAAAGGCGAGGCGGUUACUUUCUCUGGGGCAAAUCAAGAUGCUCACUACGCUACCUCCACCGGCUAGGCCAAUCCCUCCUCUUCCAAGCCCUUUAAUACACAGAGGGGAACAAGGACACGCAUAA